AUGUUUACUCUCACUGAGGUUGCAUCCUUGAAUGACAUCCAGCCGACUUACCGCAUCCUAAAGCCAUGGUGGGACGUCUUCAUGGACUACCUGGGCUUGGUGAUGCUCAUGCUGGCCAUAUUUGCGAUGACCAUGCAGGUCACCAAGGACCAGGUAGCUUGCCUUCCGUGUAUGGAUGACUCGGAUGAGAUUUCAGCGGCUAAAUCUACUUUUUUCGCUGAGCAGAAUGCAGAGAAGGCAACUACUUCAGCUCGUGCCACUGCAGCCACAGUAGUAACUCCUACCCCACCAGUGAAUAAGGACUUCCCCAGUGAAGCUGUUCAGGAGCUUAGCGCCACACAGCAGACUGCUCUGGCCGCAGAGAAAUAUGCCAAUCAACCCAAACCAAGAGGUGUUCAAACCAAUCUGGACUUUCAGCAAUAUGUCUUUAUCAACCAAAUAUGUUACCAUGUUGCUUUGCCAUGGUAUUCCAAGUACUUUCCGUACCUCACACUCAUCCACACCAUUGUUCUCAUGGUCAGUAGCAAUUUCUGGUUUAAAUACCCCAAAACUAGUUCAAAGAUAGAGCACUUUGUUUCUAUCCUGGGUAGGUGCUUUGAGUCUCCUUGGACCACAAAAGCUUUGUCUGAAACCGCUUGUGAAGACUCCGAGGAGAACAAACAAAGGUUUACCAGCACCUCUUCAACCCCAAAACAGGUGUCUAUAGAGGGGAAGGAUAAAGGCACAGAUGAUGACCCAUCUACACCCAUGCUUGGGGUCAAGUUUUCUGCAGACAAGCCCAUUGCAGAAGCACCGAGCAGCAUGACAAUCCUGGAUAAAAAGGACGGGGAGCAGGCCAAAGCUCUGUUUGAGAAAGUGAGGAAAUUCCGAGCUCAUGUGGAGGACAGUGAUUUAAUUUACAAGCUCUAUGUAGCACAAACUUCUGUCAAAACCGUCAAGUUUAUUUUUAUCUUGUUCUACACGUCAACCUUUUUGGCUGAAAUAAAGUUUAGGCACAUCUGUGAGCCCGACAUAACCCAACUGACAGGCUACGAAAAGUAUUUUUGUACGCACAACAUGGCUUUUAUGCUAAAGAAGCUGCUCAUCACCUAUGUGGCUUUGAUUCUGAUCUAUGGGAUGACAGGUCUGUACUCUCUGUUCUGGGUGUUUCGAAGGCCCCUGAAAGAGUAUUCUUUUGAGAAGGUCAGGGAAGAGAGCAGCUUUAGUGACAUUCCUGAUGUUAAAAAUGAUUUUGCGUUCCUUUUACACAUGGUUGACCAGUACGAUCAGCUUUACUCCAAGCGCUUUGGCGUCUUCUUGUCUGAGGUCAGUGAGAAUAAGCUGAGAGAAAUCAGCCUAAAUCACGAAUGGACCUUUGAAAAAUUAAGGCAACUUGUCACCCAUAAUGCACAAGACCAGCAGGAGCUGCACCUCUUCAUGCUGUCUGGUCUCCCAAACGCAGUGUUUGACCUCACAGACUUGGAAGUGCUGAAACUUGAGCUAAUUCCCGAAGUCAGGUUUUCAGCAAAGGUCUCCCAAAUGACAAGCUUGCAAGAGCUUCAUCUGUGUCACUGUCCAGCCAAAGUGGAGCAGACUGGCUUUUCUUUCCUUCGCGAUCAUCUCCGCUGCCUUCAUGUCAAGUUUACAGAUGUUGCAGAGAUCCCGCCUUGGGUCUAUCUGCUGCGCAGCCUGAGGGAGCUCAACCUAACCGGGGGCUUGAACUCAGAAAACAACAAAAUGAUUGGUCUGGAAUCAAUGCGAGAUUUGAGACAUUUAAAGACCUUAUGUCUGAAAAGCAACUUAACAAAAAUACCCACGAACAUCACGGAUCUUUCACCACAUCUGAUCCGGUUAGUGGUGCACAAUGAUGGGACAAAACUGCUGGUACUAAACAGUCUGAAAAAAAUGACGAGCCUAAUCGAAUUGGAGCUGCUCAGCUGUGAACUAGAAAGGAUCCCUCAUGCUAUUUUCAGCUUGAUCAACCUACAGGAGCUUGACUUGAAGUCAAACAACAUCAGAACAAUAGAGGAGAUCAUCAGCUUCCAGCACGUCAAGAGGCUGACGUGCCUUAAGCUGUGGCACAACAAAAUCAUCACAAUCCCUUCGUCCAUCGGCCAGAUCAAGUCUCUGGAGGCCCUCCACUUGUCUCACAACAAGCUGGAGUCUUUGCCCACAGCCUUGUUCCAUCUUCCUAAACUGAGACACCUGGAUGUGAGCCAUAACUCCAUCACAGUGCUUCCACCGGAUGUGGGUCUCGUUCACAACCUCCAGCACCUUGCUAUCAACUCCAACAAGCUGGAAGCGCUGCCGAAGCCUCUCUUCAGGUGCGUCAAGCUGAAGGUGCUCUGUCUGGGGCACAACGCGCUCACCACACUGCCAGACGCCGUCGGUCAGCUGGUCCAACUCGCUCAUCUGGAGCUCAAAGGAAACUGUCUGGACCGACUGCCUGCUCAUUUAGGGAACUGCCGGCUUCUGCACAAAAGCGGCCUUAUUGUGGAGGACCAUCUUUUUGACACGCUGCCUGUGGAAGUUAAAGAGAGCAUCAGUCAAGAAACCGAGAAAAGUGGCUUAUAGAUCAAAUGGCAGUACUUGAAUGAAACUUUGUAUUGUCCACAAAAACAAUGCAUUUCUUUGAUUUGCUGUGUCGUCGUGGUUGUUCAUUUUUGAACUUGGCUUUAGAUUUUUUUUUUGUUGUGAAUGUA